GAUCGACACGUCACUCUCUGGCGCCACCUCGUACCUAAAAAUCGUUUCUGCGCAGGCAAGGGACUUUUGUUCAAGAUGUUUUAUUUUUUGUAAUGGCAAUAGUUUUAAUUCUUUAUGCCAGUUUCAAUUUAAAGGUUGGGAAAUUAAUCACACGCGAAAAAAAUAAACAAAGACAUCAAAAGGAAACAAAGGAAUAAGCUAGUUAGAAACAAAAUCUGUAUAUAAACAUACAUCUUAAUAUUAUUAUUGGUUAUGACAGAAGAUAAUACAUUAUAAUACAAUAAAGGAUAAAGCAAAAAGCAGGAGAUUUUAGUAGGAAUCGGAAUAUGUAGUAAUUAUAUGGAAUACAGAAAGGAGGUGCGGUCAUAUUGGGAACAAGAGAAGGUUCAAGAUGUUUGCCGGUAUCUGUAUACUAUAUGCCUUCAAAAUUGACAUUGCAUGCUCUUGAAUUAAGCGGUUGCUCAAUAUUUUCUCCUUUUCUAACUGUUAAAAAAAAGAGAGAUAAAAAAUGUGUCAGUUGUAAGCAAGCAUGCCGUACAUUUUCAAUGAAUUGGUUUAAUAAAGAACUUUCUUGUUAUAGGUAUCUUCCAUCAUAUAAUAUUUUGUUUUGUGACGAUUUUCACUAUGUGACUUGAUUUGUGUAUGUUUUCAAAUUAAUUAAAAAAUGGAUAAUGAUGGAAGGAAAUGUAGAAAAACGAAACUUGUUCCACGUGAAAUAAAUGAAUCCGACGAAGAAAUUUUUGCAUUGCAGAGUGUUGUGGAGAAUACAUUAGCAAGAAUUAAAAGACCAUGUAAAAAAGCCCUACCUGCUGUAGCUGUUGCUACACAAUCUAUUCAAACUACCACAAAUACCAUUCAGAAAAUAAAUCCAGACCGAAGUAAUAUUAUGCCUAUGAAUUUUGAUAUUAAGAUAGAAGUAGAGAAAUUUGACGAGAUUGCAAUAGAAAAACAGCAUGAAAUAAUAAGUUGGAGGGAAAUAGUGAAAAAAUCAACUGAAGUUUAUCUUCAAUCCAAUAAAAUUUGGGAUAAAAUACUACAUGGACAGGUCCUCAACACAUGCAAACCGAACGUAAAAGUAUUACUAAAAACGCCCCAUGAGAAACUUUUAGACCGAGCAUUCACACGAUGGUGCGAUUGGGCCUCCCUCACAGAGGAGCCCAAAGAUCCGCCGUUAUUCUACAAAUGCUACAUCUGCGAUAUGGCGUGGUGGCACUUGGCCCACUUCCGCGACCACAUACGAACCCACGAGCCUUCGAGACUCCGAGUCGUUCUAGAAAUGAAUGACUACGUUGAGUGCAAUAUUGUCGCUUACUACAGCAAAUCGGGGAACAAGUACAUCGGGAAUAUAGAAGGAAAAUGCUGGAAAUGCGGCGAAAAUGCGUUUGAACAUACGAAACUGAAGAACUGUGUCGGAUGUAAGAAACGGUUCUACACGUGCAGCAAGCUACGCCAACACCAAUGGUACUGCCAGGAGUUCAAAAAGGCACACCUAGAACUUUUCGCGUCAGCUGAGAGGAUAUUUAAGUGUCACCUGUGUCGGUUUUAUUUUUUCAAACAGGAGGACAGUAUAGAACAUAUGAUAUUACGGCAUUCUGUGCGGUCCGAUGUGCCCAUACCGGGCUGUGCUGUUUGUGAGAAGUGCAAGGAACUGAUGGCAUAUGAAGAUGAUCAUGUAUGUGAAUCUAAAAGGUAUGUUAAGACGUGUGGUGCGUGCAAGAAAAGAGUCACCGAAAGCAGUGCUGCAGUCCAUCAAAUUGAAGGGAACGUCACAUGCUCUGUAUGCAAAGUGAAAAUAGUAAAGAGUUGUUCAAUACAUCUCCACGCACUUCGUCAUACGAAGAACUAUGGAUUGGCCUAUAAGUGCCUUACCUGUAAUUUUUUUAUAAUCUUUGACUUGGAGCAGAUUCAAAAACACAAAAUGUUUUAUCAUUCCAAUCGUGAUUUUGAUUAUGAUCUUAUUUCCGUCCCAAAAACCAUAGUAGAUAGACUAAAAUCGACGCCAACCAAGCAUGAUUCACCGGUGGAACAAAGUCAAAUAAAUAAUUUCCUAUUGUCUCAUGAUACUCAAGAUAUUUUAAAUGAGAGAGAUGAUGAUGAUGUCAUCAUUGUUGAUAAUAUACCUGAAGUUAUUGUUAUCCCAUCUGAUGACGCACCUAACGAUGAUCUCCCUUGCGUCAUUGCUAAUAUUAAAUCUGAACCACUUGAAAAUGAAAUACAAAUAUCUAAAACAAAACCUCCUGUUACACCACAAAAUGAUUUCGAAUGUAAAACGAUGGUAAUCCAUAUACCUAAAGAUGGAAACAGAAUUAAUGAUGAAAAAGUAUUAGGUAUUGAUGAAAUUAAAAAGGAACCUAAUAGUGAAGUGAAUGUUGCCGUGGCAUCUACACUUGGAAUUAUAAAUACACACACUAUGACGACAAAUUUAAAUAAAGUUAAUACACAUAGAUCGCAGUAUGUACAUGGUAAAGAAACAUCAAACACGCAAACUCUAAAAGCGACUCCGGAAGAAAUCACAAAGUCAACGAUUUAUAUUAAGAAAUCAAUGGAUAUAACUUAUAAAGAAAUGGAAUCCAUGAAAAAAUAUAUAAAUCACUCCAGUACAAAUGAGAGAGAAGUCGAUAUAGAAAGAAUGCUACCUUUGGCGUUUGUGAAAACGAAGUCUUCGAAAAGCCCUGUAGUGAUACAGAAGAUGCAAAAACCGAGAAAAAUAAAAAAGUUAAGACAGUAUAAACCUAAGAUUAAACAGACGCUGCUAACCGAUGUUUCACUAAAUUCAGAAUCAGAUGUUAAAAUUGAAGUUAUAAAAAGUGUAGACGUGAUGGAGAAAGCGAAACUAAUAACAGUCGACCUAAGUGAUACACAAUUGAAAAAACAGAAUCGAGAAGAAGAUAGACCGAUAGACAUAUCUCAAAAUUUAGAAAAAAUUACUGCAAAAGAAUCGCAACUAUCAGAACCGCUAAAGGUAGAGAAAUUAGUAGAGACAGUUGUCGAAAUCGAUAUCCCAUGGGACACUGUUCCAAUAAAGGAAGAAGCGGAUCCGGAAAUGGAUUUAAAACUAUCGGAUAUCAGAAGGAUAUAUCAUAUCGAUGUUAAUGUUGGUGAAAACGAGAUUGAAGUUAAGCGAGAAAUUAAUGAAUUCGAUCUAACCGGACAAAGCGAGAAUUGGCACCAAGACAGCUCUGCUUAUAAUUCGCAACAUUCGAGUGAUGAGUUUGAGAAUGAUUUGAUCACCAUAUCUCCGAAUGUAACUUUAAAUACUGAUGAUGAAAGUAACCGAACACAGAGGAAUAAGGGAAAACUAUACAGCUGCAUUCGCUGUAAGUUCAAAGGCGUGCACAGACUAUAUAAACAACACAAACGAUACGAAUGUCAAAAAUCUAUUCAGCUCUAUAAUUAUCAUUGUUCGUUAUGUGAAAAAAGUUUUGAUUCUAUGCAGAAAUAUCUGUUGCACUUCGAAAAGCACGGCGUGCCGGAGUUGAUCUGUCCACAGUGCGGUUACGACGGCAUAUCCUUGAACUCUUUGUGCGUACACGUGAAGUUGCAUAUAAAAAGCCUCUUUGUUUCGUAUAGAUCUUUGUACUCCGAGGACACGAUGACGGUGCCAGUUUUAAAAUGCAAAGUGUGUGAUGCUGACGUCACGCGACCAGAUUUCAUAAAACACUGGGAUACGCAUCUUGAUCUAAAUAAUUUAAACAAGCGUCUCAAAUCAUCAGAGUUGUUAGAACCGCAUCUGCCCCACGGGUUUCAGUCAUUGGACCACGAUGACACACCCGACAUUAAGAAGGCUUUAACAUUUUUUUUAGAUUUAUUCUUGAACCCGGAAAAAUUGAUGGAUUUGGAGAGAACGAAUUUCCGUGAAUGUAUUUUAUGUGCGCGGAAUUUUAAGAGACGAAAUGACUGCAAGCGUCAUUUAAUUGAGCACUUUCUUAAAAAUGCUUACACAAGCAAGACCCAGUGCAAAGGUUUGAAAUGUCAAAUUUGUGGGGACGUGUUCGAGAAGAUUGAUAUGUUCAGGAGCCACAUGCGGUUGCAUGCCUGUCUCCCAGUAUACAAAUGCGAAAUAUGCAAUAGAACAUUUAGUGAUUCCAGUAACUUUUCUAAGCAUAAGAAAGUGCACAAUUUCCAAAUAUUGAUCUGCGAUAUUUGCAAGAAGAAAUUCAAUAAUAAAGCCUACCUUGCAAAGCAUAUAAAGGACCACGAAAAUACCCCCAUGAUAAAAUGUGACAAGUGUAAAAAAACAUUCGUGUGUAAAUCAGCAUACAAAAAACACUACAGGAAAAACCAUUCCGUGUAUUCGAGGUUUAAAUGUCAUGAGUGCAGUGAACUUUUUUCUACGACCAGGGACAAAUGGGACCAUAUGUGGAAAGUACACAGAGAAAGAGAGGUUCAGGCAGACUGCAAUUUAUGCGAUGCAAAAUAUCGGAAAAAGUCCGAUUUGAAACGACAUCAUGCGUCAGUGCAUAAAAGGAAGGCGCCAGAUAUCACAAAUGCCGAUAGUGAAGCUGUCAUUGUCAAGUCUGAACCAGAGUAGUUUUUUUAUAUAUAUAUAGGGCAAUUUUUCGUUAGGUUAAUAAUCUGUGGAUAAAUUUGACAUUUAAACACCGAUAGUCAAAGAAUAAUUACUAUAGGUACAUAUUUUUAGUAUUGCUCUACAUCUGUAGGGUCGUUUGCGUUUAAGAUUUUUUCAAAACGGUCAACUUACUAAUAGAUGAAGUUUGUAUAGUAUUUUACAUGUAAUAGUUAUAUUUUUGACAUUCCAUAGAACACAUUUUAUAUAAACGACAUACAUCAUAAAAUGAAUUAUUUCCAUGAAAUAUAAUUUUUGUUGACAUGUUAUUUGUUUUAUGUUUAUCACUUAACAGAGAAAAGACAAUUCACAUAGCAGUUUGAGCACUAAACAUUGUUAGUAAAUUAUUUAAAUUGAGUCCAAAACAUUAUUAAAUCUGAAAUACUUCCUUGACAGUUGUAAGGAUUUGUGAGACUAGAUUUUUGUCACUGUCACGCGUUUGACAGCUGGAGACAUCUCGUUCUAUUCUCUAUGAACCUAAAAAUCAUAUAUUGAGCAUUACUGCAAUUUUUAUUGUGAAAAAUUCUGUUUUUUGAAAUUGAUAUUUUUGUAAUUUCUCUGCGUGUUAUUUUCUCAAAUAUAAUGUAUU